UGAUAACAUAUUGAAACAAAUUUCGAAAGAAAGGUAUUCUUUACUAAAAAUGAUUCCCGAUUUAACUUACGCUACCUUGGCCUCUGAAAUGGUUGCAAUUGGCAGUGAACCCGCCAUGCCUGUCGAUGAACCUGAACAUAUUUUGGGUGAAGCUUUUUCGAUAGCAACUACUACAUCGUCUCAUUUACAUCGUAUACCCAGUGGUUCGAGACAAUGGGAAUUUUAUCUUCAAGAUUUGGUCGAAUCAAAGACAAAACGUUCGGUACGUGUGAAACGCGAAACGGAAAGUAUUAAUGAUUUUCUGCAAAGAUUUCCCAUCUAUGAAAGACCUUAGAGAAGAGUUUACGGUUUCGAAUGGAAAGAAGGUCGACAUAUUAAUGUGAUUAUUU